ACCAAAUAUCUGGUCUCCACCAAACUCCUUUUUCAGGCUGAAUAAAUCGUAGAAAUCGGCAUAAAAAGGGUAUUUAACUGGCCAGAUAAUGUAGCCGGCAAUCGAGGGUGCUGGCCGCUCCAUCAGAGCAUUCUCAAGUUAUCCUGUUGACAAACACAGACACGCAAACACCACUGAAAACAUAACUUUAUCAGGCGAAGGUAAUUACGUAAACCGGUUGUUCCGGUGGCUAUAAAAUUCUUGCACAGAUCGAAGACAACAUCAGCACACUCGUUGGCUGCCACAGUUCACUGCUACCAAGUUGUGUUACAGGAGAAGUCAUGAAAACAACACAAGGAGACAGACUUCGGGCCGUCAUGUACACUGGCCCAGUGACCUGGCCGUGUGUUCUCAUCCAACUCUUGGACGCCAUUAUCGUCCUGGGUGUCAUCCCAGCUCCUCUUCUCGCCUUUUGGGCUGGUCUGUGGGCGGUCAUGAACGUCUUAAUUUUCCCAAAAGAUAAAGAGCUCACUGCGUGGUCCUGUGUAGCCAUCGGUGUCACCCUCCUUCUCCUCCUGAACCUCUUCCAGAAGGUUUUCUAUGACGCCACGAGGAACAUCAACCCGUUCUUGUACGGGUUUCUUUGGCGCCUCCACGCGUACGUGGGAACAUUUGCGUCCGUCAGUAUGUGGCGAGGGAUGUGGCUAGGUCUCGAAUUUUACACAGGGAAGUCCGUGCUAAGCCUGGUCAUCGGCGCAAUUAUAGCUGCUGCAAUUCUUAUACCUCUCCGGGUGUUCAACAAUAUUGUGGCCGCUCCAGCAUCGGUGCCCAGAGAAAUCGUUGCAGACCCCUUCCAAAUUCAAACCCGUUUCCAGACCGUUCCUUCUCGCAGCUGCAAGUUUGUCCUAGACGUAUUCCUGAACGUCUUCGUGAUCAGCGUUUUGACCGUGGUUUAUUUUCGAGCCGUGUUCGAGCUGAUGGGGAAAGUCUUAUACCCCGGCGACAAAGUCCACAACCUGUGGGCUUGCAUGAUGCUAGGAAAUGGUGUUUUGGUGCUCUGCAUAGUAGCUCAACGGUACGUGGUCAUGCUCUACCGGGCGUUGGAGGACAGAGUGUGGCUGAGGAUCGCGCUAGAUGACACCUUCAUUCUCGUCGUUACGUUUGGAGUGGUGAAUGUGUGGAGGGGCUGGUGGGGAUUCUACGAGUACUACCUGCUGACCUCAGGUGAUAUACUCCUGAGGGGAUCUCUCCUGCACCUGGCAGGUGUGUUAGUGAGCUACCUGUUGUGCAUGGCCAGGACGCUGAGUUUUCCGCUGUCGCCUGAACGACUGGACGGUGCGCUGAACUGUAAGACAGACAACUUCAUGGGCAUGUACCUGGAGAACAAAGAGUGCUGCUGCUUUGAGCCUUUCACGGUCACAAAAGACACCACCUGUAGGAGUCAGGAGGCUGAGGACGUCAUGCUGGUGGUUACUGGGAAUACUGAGGAGUCGGAGAAGGGUUCGCUCAAAAACAAGGCUGGGACUGGAUAUGGCAGUACACCCGGGCACUAGUUCACCCUCCACGCGUCUCAUCUGUGCUCAGCUAGCUGAAUUUUAUGUGAACAAUGACAGAUUUCAGGGUAAAACACCAUUAGGUGUACAUUAGCAUUGUUAGCCUUGGAAGGUACUAAAUGCUUUUCAGGCCGCUCUCUGGAAAAUUCUUACAGUUCAACUCAAGAUAUUAUUAAGAUAUCAGGGUACUAGUAUCAUGAAUCUGCGAUGGACUUUGUGUUAAUUAUGUGGACCCUCCCAUACUAUAGUCUAGCUCAGGGCAACUUCCUUUAGAUAUUGUGAGUUAAUAGCACAUCAAAAGUCAUAAAAGUACGUAACUGAGAAUCCGUCAUUACUCGCCAUUCAAAUUACAACAAUCUGUUCGUGUCAGGUAAAACGUGAAGAUGUUUACUUGAAGAUGUGUUUAUUUGCGUGAAAUAAUAUAAUAACGUGAUAGGUGAAUAACAAAGACAAAGCUGUAAGAAGUUUAAGGCAGUGGCAAACUCAUACUAAUCGAUAUCCAGUUCAUAAACAAACUGUUGUUUUCCCAUCGAUAGUAAACGCUAUUUGUACGACAGAAAACUUUUCGUUGUCCCAUCAUUUCACUUUCUAAUUUUUCCAUUAGCGUUGCCAGGAUACCCUCAUGCAGUUCGU